ACAAUCUGUUAGUCUAGUUAAUCUGUGCAUCCAUCCACAAAUCUAUCCCCAUGCACACUCAUUAUCUAAUCUAUCCAUCCAUCCCUUUCCACAUCCAUCUAGUGUAUCCAACCCAUCUACCAAUCCAUGCCCACAUACCAUCUAAUCCGUCCGUCCAUCCAUCCCAUCAUCUAAUAUUCCAAGACAUGCUCAUUUAUCCAUCUAUAAUCUAUCAUGCAUGGGGACAAUCUAAUGUGUUUAUUGCUGUGAUAUCUCACGUUGGGGCCCCUAUGGAUGUUCUGCAAACCCUUCUAGAACUCUCAGGUUUUUAUGACCUCAGCACCCUGAUCCAAGGAUUCUGAACCACUCCUAGCCUGCAGUGAGGUCAAGCCAUCACUGCAAACAGCCUCCAGCCUGCCUCCUGGAGCUAAUUACCCCCUCCCAGCACCAUGGUCAGCAUCAAAGUUACCACGCAGCCGGUCCUUACACCUAGCAUGGGAUGGGGAGGUAUGAGCUGGAAGGACCCCUUUGUCACCAUCACUUUCCCCAGCAAAGUAAUCUUCACCAGUGCCUCCCUCCUGCUGCUGCUGGUUCACAUGGGUAUCUUCGGAGGAGACCUCUACCACUUCACUGUGACCCAGAGGUUCGAUCUCAUGAGCUUUCAUGGCACCACAGUACUACUGGUAUCCCAUGUGAUGAGCUUUUACUGGGCCUUGCUUGGAACAUUUUACACCUUGCAGACCAAUGACAAGGUUCUCAGGGGGUUUGCCCUGACCUCGCUGGAUGCUGUCUCCCCUCCUCCGAGGCGCAGGUCCGAGAGGAUCGCAGGGUCUCCUACCAGGCGUGGUUCCCAGAGGAAACCUUUGGUGGAGAAGAAGAUGGUGGGGAGCCCACUUCCAGCUCCGGUGGUGAAGCGAUCGAUCAUGGUGAAAAAGAUCCUGCCCCGAAAACAGCAGCCUGCUGUUGCUUUGACUGAAGCAGAACAAAUCCCAUGCGUGACUGGUACUGCUUGGACUCCACGGCGCAGCCCCAGGAUCUCCCAGAAGGCAGGAAAGGAAAACUUCCCAGUGGAAAGCAGCGAGGCCAAAGGCUGUGGAAGCACUGAUGCUAACCCAGUCUUAGCAUCAUCUCUCCCUGCCAAUGCCUCAGGCCUGGUGGAGAAGGCUGCCCUGUCUACAGUUAGCAUCAAUGUAUGUGACUCUCCUCCUCAGGAUGAGAGGGAUGUGCUGAUGUCUAAGAAAGUGCGCCGAUCCUACAGCCGCCUGGAUGCCUCCCCCAGCUUGAACAUGUCCACACCCACAUUCGCCCAUGGCCUGCAGAAGAAGUGCUCACUCUUUGGCUUUGAGAAGCUCCUAGUGCCUGAUGCACUAGCAGAUGUGUCUCCAGUGGGUAAGGUUUCCCCUGUCCAGGAGACUCCAGUGGAGCCCGAUGCCUUGGGCUCCACUAAAGAAUGGGACACAGACAUUCCUGGCAUCUCCUUCCCCAAAGAGAAACGGAAGAAGAGGAGGAUCCCCCAGAUAGAUAAAUCUGAACUGGAUGAGUGGGCUGCUCAAAUGAAUGCACAGUUUGAAGAAGCAGAGCAGUUUGAUCUUUUUGUGGAAUGAAGCCUCUCCCCCAUAAUCUGCAUUAUUCUUUUGUACAUAGAGCUGAUGUGUUGUUUUUUCAGUCUAAAAAUUAAUAAAAUAGUUCUGUCUGUCUCUCUCUUUAGAAGUCUGCUCUAUAGAUUCUGGUAUAUAUUGCUUACUAGGGCUGUCAAGCAAUUAAAAAAAUUAAUUGCUUUAUUAAACAAUAAUAGAAUA